AUGGAUCUUGAGGCCGAAUGCGAGGCCAUCGUGGCGGCGUUUCUACGCACGCACGGCUAUCAGGACACACUUGCUACUUUUGAGCGCGAGGGCGGCCGUACCUCGACUUCUUCGGUACGCGAGCAUGUCCCGCAUGAUCUGCGCACCCUCGUGGAGCUUGCAGAGUCGCAUGCGAUGUCACAGGCCCUGCAAGAUAUUACCCUGGAGGACAGACCCACAGACGCACUCUCCCAGGUGCCGCUUCCUGCGUAUGAACUAGCAGCGACGUACGAUUACCUGCACAUGUCAAACAUUCUAUCUGUGAUGCCUGCUACGUAUCCUGGCGUCGGGGGGCCCUGCAUUGCAACGACGAGUGCAGAUCGACGCGUGGUAUUUACCGACGUAACGAACGGCGAAGUGGUUGGCGUCCUGGAAGCGUCCGUGAGUGCGGAUGGCCUACGCAUGGGCCACGAGGCGGCCGUGCUCGACAUGAGUCAGCACCCGCAGCGCCCGACCUAUGUGCUCACGGCCGGCAUGGAUGGCCGUGUCGUGCAGUGGGACCUGCUGCAUGACUUGCCUGUGCACGAAAUUCGCGACCAUAAACGCUUUGUCGUGCGUGUCGCGCACAGCGAUGAUGGCCGCUUCAUGGCGACGGCUGGCUACGACAAGAACAUCCACAUUUAUGCGGCCGACAUUCGCCAUGACAAGCCUGUGUACACGCGCUUACAUACCCUUGUGCUGCCGACGAAUCCCGAGGCGUUACUCUUUGUGCGUGGUCCGGCGACGCCGGGAGAUGCGCCCGGGCUACUCGAGCGCACCUGGCUUCUGUACACCGCGCGUGACCGCGCAACGCUGCACUAUGUGGCACUGCCUGCAGCGGGUGGUACGCCCGACUGGACGGUCCUGGAAUAUGGUACGAACGCGGACCCCAACGAUCAGCACAGAAGCUACUCAUUGCUCCACUUGACGCUACAUCCGUCGGGGCGCUAUGUCGCUGUGCAAACGGGCGAGUUGGGCACCUCGGAUCGCUUGGAUGGCGGAUCACCUGCGCCCUCGCGGAUCCUGCUCAUGCCGCUCUUUUCAGCGCGCCGGCAUGCGACGCUCUGGACAUCUGCGCCGGCGUCGGCUUUUGCGAGUCCACGGCAUGCGUGGAUGCCGCGGGGCGAGGCUGUGUGGGUCACAGGCGAGGAUGGUGUGCUGCGGCUUGUGGCCCUCGAUGGCACGGAGCGUGCAAGUGUGCGCUGCCAUGGCAGCGCGCCUGAGGCGGCUGGUGGGCGUGCGGGUGCUGCUCUUGCUGCAGCCGCCUGGCGGAGCGGCGGAAACACUGUGAUUAGAGGCGUCACAGUGCUAGCCGAUGGACGCGUUGCAAGCUGCGGCUAUGACCGAACCGUACGGAUUCUUCAUUCACUAUGA